AUGGCGCCUAGGCUGGCUUUCAUGGAUUUGUCGGUCGACUUGAAGACGCUCGUCGUUCUGCACAUCAACCGCCCAACCGACCUCAAGAACGUGUGCCUCACCUGCAAACAGCUGCACGAAAUUGCCGCCCGCCAACUCUAUUACGAAGUGACGCUCGAUGUGGGCUCGCCCAACGACACACGGCUCGGAGCCUUCCUUAACCCGCGGAAUAUCGGCCUACAACAUGUGCGGAAGCUGGACCUCUAUCUUGCAGACGUGCUCGACAAAUGCAACCAACAACAGCAAGCCAACUUUGCCAUCCGCAUGAUCUUGGAAUUGCUGCCAGAAAACCAGCUGGAAAAGUUCUCGUGGCAUCCCUGGUCGCCCUUUUCUGCAGACAACCUGGUGUUGCUGUAUCGAAAACAAAAGCGCAUGCGGUGGCUCGAGGGCAUCUCGCUCGACCGCAAUGUCUUGGAGGAGCUGCAGAAGCUGCCCAACGUCGACAAGUGCUUUGAGAAUGUGCGCAAGAUUGGGCUGUAUCCCGACUCGCGCGAGGUGUUGGAGUUUUGCCACUUUCUGCUCAAGAACACGACGGACCGCAAGCUGGAAAAGAUCACAUUGCAUGCCAGCUUCGACGAGCUGGACCCGUCGCUAACCAUGCGCGAGCUGAACGACCGAGUCAACGAGCCUGGGCUUAUUACCUCGACCAUGUUCCGACAUAUGCAGCCUUUUGCAAAGUGCACGCCUAUUGCGCUCAAGGAGAUUACGCUACAGAAGCUGCAUCUGCGGUAUGCGUCGGAGACAUAUUGCAGGCUGAUUGACUUUCAGUCGAUCAAGAGCAUCCGUGUGUUUGGCUGCUCGGGCGCCGACGCGCUGUUUGCUGAACUGAGCAAGAGUACCAAGCUUCCGGACAAACUCGAGACGUUGGAGUUCAAGCACGACGACAACACGGAGAACGACGGGCUAGCAGCCAUUGACGGAUUUCUGUGUCUAGUUUCUGGCAUCAAAACACUGACACUGGACCUUACCUACGUCAAGACAUUACCGGCGGCUGCUGGUAUUGUGCGGCAUGGCAAGACGUUGAAGAGCCUCAAUGUGCAUGCGAGCACAGGGCCCGAGAGCUGCGACGAGGAGCUUGUGUACGACUAUACGUCGUUUUCGCAGAUGUGCAAGGACUGUAGCAUGCUGGAGCAGAUUUCGGUUGCUUUCCCUGCGGUGAGCGUGGUUCGAAGCAAGAACGACAGCUUUGUCAACUUUGAAAACUGCCUGGGUGAUCUUCGCGAUCUGGCGACGCUCAACAUUACUACAUGGCCGACCAAUAGCCCGUCAUCGACUAAGCUGCCGCGCAAGAUCUACGAGCACCUCCUGGCCGGGCUGGCUCAACAAGGGUUCGAGCGCAGUUCUGGCCAUGCCAAGGAGCAGAAGCGCUCAUCGAAACUAGCCAUCAUCGCCUUUGGGUCGUCGGACAAGGUGUACGACCGCGAGGAUAGCCAGAACCAGAUCAUCUUUGUCAAGGGCCGGCAAAUGGACCCACUGGGCAAGGAAACGUCGACGGCAGUGCAGAUUGGGUGGUGUCUGCGCAAGUUUAUAUUCGGUAUCGGCAUCAUGAAAUCGCCAAAUGCGUCGCAGUAUCUGCCGCCCCAGGACCCGCACUACACGUAUUCCUCGAGCGCCCAGGUCCUCGAUGCCCAGCCUGCCCGCGUGCCCUAUCCCCCAGACGCCGCCUUCCCCAAGCUCGAGAACAUCAACGAGGUGCUCCAGGCCCAGCAGGCCCAGCAGGCCCUCCACGCAAACCACGCCCUGCACCCCCCGCCGCUGGCCCAGCAACAGCAACAACAACAAGCGCAGCAGCAGCAGCAGCAGCAGACACCCCCGCCCCCCAAGCCCAACAGACUGCGCAAGGCCUGUGAUUCUUGCAGCAUCCGCAAGUGCGAUGAAUCAGGCCCGCCCUGUAGAGCCUGUGUCGCUCUCGAGAUCCCAUGCACCUUUGAGCGCCCCAGCCGCCGCCGUGGGCCACCAAAUCGCCAUGCCGAAGCCAUCAAGAAGCGCCGCAUGGGCGCCAUCGACUCGGACAGCCCAGCGCCCCAGUCGCCCACCAAUGCCGCCCACGUCCUGACGCAGCUCCAGUCGUCGUCGCAACCCGCCCACCUCUCUGCCGAGGAGAUAUGCGCCCUGCCCACGCUCAACGCCCUCAUCGACGACUUCUUCGCCUACAUACACCCGCUGUGCCCUUUCCCCCACGAGCCCUCGUUUCGCCAAGCAUGGGCCCGCAGAGAGGACCUGUCGAAUCCCUCCUUCCUGGCCUUGCUGGCCUCCAUGAUCGCAGUCUUGGUCGCCUCGUUCCCCCGCAAGCCGCGUCUGCAUCUCAACUCACAGACGCGCCGCGAAUACCCAAACCAUCUGGCCCUCGUCGACAAGUGUCGGGACGUUUGCGCACGCGCGCGCGGCCCUGGCUAUCUCGAUCGCCCUACGCUGAAUGUCUAUGAUGCGUGCACAAGCUACUUCCUGGGCCUGGCCGGAGCCUAUGUGUUCCAGUGGCGACCGCUGCGGCUCUACAUGGCCGAGUGCCUGACAAUCAUACGCUCCCUGGGUCUCCACAAACCCGAUUCCCAGGGUUAUACCUAUCUCGGCGGCGUGCCCAAUGCCUGGGGCUCCACCGGCCCCAACUAUGAUGGCUCGCGCGAGGCCAAAGUGGACUACAUCACCGAGGAAAUUGGGCGACGUGUUUUCUGGACUGUCUUUGUUGGUGUACGCACUAUACAGCAGUUGGGCGCUUCUUUUGGAGAGCUUGUGAUUGCUCCGGCCACGCCCAGCGAACCCCUCCCUCCCUUGCCGCGGGAAGUGGAUGACGUGCAUAUUUUCCCUCAUGAAAUCCAGCCACAGCAAGAAGGCGUUCUCUCCAUGCUCACUGGCUUCAAUGUCAAUGUGCGCAUCUACCUGUCAUACUCUUCACUCGCAACAGCCGAGAUGGCUUUCGGCAUCGACGAGAUAUUCGAUUGGGAACGGCAGCAGCGCGUCUUUCAGCAAAGUCUGCAGCGUUGCAGACAGAUUCUGGAAAAUAUGCCGCAACAACUCAAAGUUCAGCCAAAGACUGGCAAAGACAGCGGCAUCGAACAACAAAAAUCCUACUACCCGCCCAUGCCCGAGUACUCGGGCAUGCGAGAUCCCACCAUGGAUAAUUACAGCAAACCCGAGACCCAAGACGCACGCCGUUAUGAGAUACAAAAAGCAAACAUCUAUGCUAGUCAUCUCGCCACUCGCUCACAUCUGGUCGAGAAGUAUUUUCUGCAACUAGAAAAGUAUCAACGAAGCCAAGGUCAAGCGCAUCUGCGGAGCUCCUCUAAUCCCAUUGUGGCCGGGAUCGACAAGUUCGUAUCUGAUACGACUACUGAUGCUGAAGCCCUCGAAAAGACCAUGUCCGAAGAGCGCGAGCAAGUAGUCAAAGAUCUCUUGGUGGUGCUGGGCAGCAUCGACAUGGUCAACAUGGAGCCCAAUGGAGAUUCAUUCACACAAAAAAUCCGGUCAAUCGCUAGUACCCUGCUUGAAGUGCCCAAGGAAAGAAAGGGCAGCGUGGCGCAGCAACAUCAGGAUUACUUGUACAAAUUCUUGGACAUCUUAAGCAAGCUGGAGAGGGUAAGCCCCGAAGUGAGCAAUCCGAAUGGUGGCGGGCUCGAUGAGGAAAGCGAGCUUCGGCUGUGGGCGGAUUUGAGAGACCAUCAAUUAAGGUUCCAAGAGCAUGGAGGUGUUUAUGGGUUUUAGCAAGGCGGAAGCCAAGUCGACAUGAGUUUGAGGGCAAAGAGUAGCCCCGUGCCAGCAUAAAGCCUGCAUAAAAGCCUGCCAUUUCCAGUGCUCUAGCAGCCACAUCAUACGUACUAAUCGCAGUCAACUUCUAGACGAGGGACCUGGUACUGAUGUCGCCCAUGUAUUUCGCAAAUUAGUUUUCAUCAUAGAUAGAUUUAGCAUGCAAUCC